AUGGACACGCUUCGUGUUUCCACGCCGACGGCAUUGUCGUCCCUAGUGUUAUCCCCGUUACGAGCGCCUUCGUUAGUGUCACCGAAUCUCGGCGCAGUUUCGGGUUUCCCCCCGCGCCUCUGCGUCUCUGCUGCCAUCCACCAUUCAGACAGCAACAGAGCUCCUUUCUCCGAACCUUCCGCGCUGUCGCACCGGCACGCCUCGUCCCCGCUCUCCGUCCCGCUCCCCCCUCGCACCAUCUGUCAAGCGGCGAAAAGACCAAUCACCAGACGCCACGUGGCGACGAAAGACGCAGUGGACGGAGGCUCCGCCAGCGGCGGCGGCGGCGGGAGCGGGGAGGAGAGUGACGAGGACGAGGAGGUGGCGACGUUGGUGCGAGGGAUGACUUUCGCAGAGCUGUGCGACGACUUCGAGUGCGUGAGCAGCCCCGCCGUUGAGCGAACGGCGAAACAGCUGGCGAGAGACAUUCACGACAUGCGCGAAGACAAGCGAACGCUCUCGUGUUUCGCCAUCGAUUCAAAAUACUCGGACUCGAUUCGGUCCUUCACGGGUCGCGACAAAUACCGCCGCCUUUCGUGGAUCCGCAGCGCGCUUCAGAACUCCUCAGUGGUCACAACUCGACUAUCCCCCUUCUCCCCUUCAUCCUUUCUCUUUCCAUCAUCGUCUCCCCCAUCCCUCCACCGCCCCCCCGUCUCCCCUCCACCCCCCCUCCCCCCUUUCCCGCCCGCCCUUUCCCCUCCCCCACCCACCUCCGUUUUACUCACACCCGCUCCCUGCCAGCACAUGCGGGGAAUGGGAAUGCCAAUGGAGUCCACGAGCACACCCCCGUCUUGA